UKUUGUUGUUAUGCUUUGAAAUAAGUAUUAAAUUAAGUGAUAAUUUAAUACAAAUAAUGUAUUAAAUGGUAUAAAAUUAGUGACCAAAUGGUUGGCCAACUAAUGGAUUAGUGCCUUCACUGAUGUCUUAUUUGUUGUAUGAUUUGGUGACACAAGUGGUCCCAUAAUUAUAGUGCAAACAAACCAACUGUUGAUCAUCUUUUCACUGAUUACACGACCAGCAAGUGGUCAGUGAUAUAAUCUGUGGUUAAAAUGUGCGAAAACAGCGCAUCUUUUCUCCACAUCGGAGAUAUGGUCUCUCUGUUUGCUGAGGGAACUGUUUCGGGAUUCCUGUCCACACUCGGUUUGGUUGACGACCGAUGUGUGGUUCAGCCCAACGCUGGCGACCCAUCAGAUCCUCCCAAGAAGUUUAGAGACUGUCUUUUCAAGAUGUGUCCAAUGAAUAGAUACUCAGCUCAGAAGCAGUUCUGGAAAGCGGCCAAACAGUCCAACAAUCAGACUAACAGAAGUGAUGCCUUAUUGCUCAAGAAGUUACACCACGCCGCAGAACUAGAGAAGAAACAGAAUGAAACCGAAAACAAGAAAUCACUCGGAAGUAUCAUUCAAUACGGAGGUGUCAUUCAAUUAUUGCAUCUCAAGAGUAAUAAGUAUCUGACAGUUAAUAAGCGAUUGCCGGCACUCUUGGAGAAGAACUCGAUGAGAGUCUAUUUGGACAGCAAUGGUAAUGAGGGUUCUUGGUUUUAUAUCGUGCCUUUCUAUAAGCUCAGGGCUACUGGCGAUAAUGUUGUGGUCGGUGACAAAGUUGUGUUAACACCGGUAAAUGCGGGACAACCACUUCACGCCAGUAAUUAUGAACUGCCAGACAAUAUCGGCUGUAAGGAAGUAAAUGCUGUUAAUUGCAAUACAUGUUGGAAAAUAUGCCUAUUUAUGGACUAUAAAGAAAACAUUGACGAUGUCCUCAAAGGUGGUGAUGUGGUUCGUCUAUUUCACGCCGAACAGGAAAAGUUCCUAACAAUGGAUGAAUACAAGAAAAAGCAAUACGUGUUUCUCAGGACGACUGCACGUGCGGCCGCCACAUCUGCCACUUCAUCAAAGGCUUUGUGGGAAAUAGAAGUGGUUCAACACGACCCGUGCAAAGGUGGUGCCGGACAUUGGAACUCAUUGUUUAGAUUUAGACACUUAGCCACCGGUCAAUAUUUAGCCGCAGAGAUCGAUGAAGAAACAACACCUGAUCUUAUGAGAAAUAAACUAAGAGGUGUAGCAGACAAUCAUGUCUUUCAAUUGGUUUCAGUGCCUCACAGCUAUGACAUCGCCAGUAUAUUUGAGUUGGACUUAACCACUCUUACCCGACACGACGAUCUGGUGCCUCAAAACUCUUAUGUCAGACUUAAACACAUUUGUACCAACACUUGGGUUCACAGCACUAACAUUCCUAUCGAUAAAGAAAAUGAAAGGCCGGUUAUGUCUAAAGUUGGUUGUGCUCUGAUUCGAGAGGAUAAAGAGGCAUUUGCUUUGGUUCCGGUAUCACCCGUUGAGGUACGAGACCUGGACUUUGCUAACGAUGCGUGCAAAGUGUUGACUAAAAUAGCGAUACAAUUAGAGAAAAAGCAAAUCACACAAAAUGAGCGCAAACUCGUUACACAAUUGUUAAUUGAAAUCAUUUACUUUAUUACUGAUCUGGAGAACGACCCAAAACGUGUCGAUCCUUUUGAAUUGGUUCCGACAACUACUAAUCGCGAGCGACAAAAGCUUUUGCGAGAACAGAAUAUUCUGAAGCACUUGUUUAAGAUACUUCAGGCACCGUUCACUUGCAUCGAUGGCGGAGAACCGAUGCUUCACAUGGAGGAGCUCAGCGACACACGAUAUGCGCCGUACAAACAGAUUUGUCGGCUAUGCUAUCGUGUACUUCGACUCUCACAACAUGAUUACCGCAAAAAUCAAGAAUAUAUUGCAAACUGGUUUGGAUUUAUGCAAAAACAAAUCGGUUACGAUGUCUUGGCUGAAGACACUAUCACUGCAUUAUUACAUAGCAAUAGAAAACUAUUGGAACAACACAUCACCGCUAAUGAAAUCGAGACAUUUGUUUCAUUGGUACGCAAGAACCGAGAGUCAAGAUUCUUAGAUUAUUUGUCUGAUUUGUGUAUUUCCAAGAAAGUGGCGAUUCCUAUAACACAGGAACUGAUUUGUAAAACAGUUUUAUCGCCAAAAAAUAGUGAUAUUCUCAUUGAAACGCGUUUAGUGAGGACUCAGGUCGAAGUGGAUUAUGAAAUAGAGGGCGAAUCCGAACCAUUUGUUACCACAGAAGAAGAAGAGGAUAUUGUUCUUCUAUGGGAUAACUCGACUAAAUCUAAAUCAAUUCGUGAGUUAGCAAAAGGUAUUACCUCUGGAUGUGCUGAAGAUCAAAACAUUUUGGAUUAUUAUAGACAUCAAUUAGAUUUGUUUAGUAAUAUGUGUUUAGAUCGACAAUAUUUAGCCAUUAAUAAUUUAUCGUCACAUUUGGACAUCGAUUUAAUACAUAAGUGUAUGUCAGACGAAAGUCUUCCGUUUGAUUUAAGGGCUUCAUUUUGUCGACUAUUGCUUCAUAUGCACGUUGAUCGUGACCCUCAGGAACAGAUAACUCCUGUAAAAUAUGCCAGACUUUGGUCUGAGAUUCCUCGAAAGUUGUCGAUUGAAGACUACGAUACAAACAAACAACAAGAUAUGUCGGCUAAAGAGGCCGUUAAGAAAAAAUUUGCUGCAAUUAUAACAUUUGUUGAGGAAUACCUGUGCAAUGUUGUGAGCCAUGUCUGGUCAUUUGCCGAUCGCGAGCAAAACAAGUUGACCUUUGAAGUGGUCAAACUUGCCCGAGAGCUCAUCUAUUUUGGUUUCUAUAAUUUUUGCGAUUUAUUACGAUUGACUAAAACAUUGCUUAAUAUACUCGACUGUACAACUGAACCAUCCAUUAAAAAGAUGGUCACCGAAGCUGUSAAUCUUAAAGAUACUCCAAUGAAAUCAAUCGGUGAUAUUAGUAAUGUUAUGACAAAUCUUAUUCUAAACAGAGAUAAAUUGAAAACAAUUAAAACCAAUCAAACUGUCAAAAGUGAUGUUUCAAUAACAGGAAAUCUGAGUGUAUCUCCAGAAGUUAGUUGUGAAAUGGAUACUAAUGUGAUGGACACUAAAUUGAAGAUUAUAGAGAUUUUGCAGUUUAUUUUAAACGUUAGACUUGACUACAGAAUAACGGGUUUAUUGACUAUAUUUAAGAAAGAGAUUGAGGCGAGUCAUGAAAAUGAUGAAUCAAUUGAUAAAUUCAAUGUUUUGGACGAUACGGUUAAUAUUGGAGAAAAGGGUAUCGAUUUGGCACAUAUCGGACAACAGGCAGAACUGAUAUUUGGUGGCGAAAAUAAUGACGACAUUGAUUUAGACGGUAACGGUGGCUGCACUUUCUUGAGAGUACUUCUUCACCUAACAAUGCAUGAAUAUCCACCACUUGUGAGCGGUUCACUUCAUCUACUGUUUCGACAUUUCUCUCAGCGUCAAGAAGUACUUCAAUCAUUUAAACAAGUUCAAUUACUAGUAUCAACCAGUGAUGUCGAAAACUAUAAGCAAAUUAAAUUAGAUUUGGAUCAGUUCAGACUAUUAGUUGAAAAAUCAGAGCUUUGGGUUUAUAAAUCCAAAGCAAUGGAUGAAGAAUCUGGAAGUGUUGGAAAAACAAAAUCAAUUAAAGGUUCUGAUGGCGAUCCCGAUGAACACGACACCAAUAAAACAGUUCCCGAUCAUCUGUUUAGAAGUAACUCUUCGUCACCAAUUGGAUUAGAAUCUGGUUUUCAAACAAUCAAUAUUUCACAUUCAAAAAACUAUAAGACGAUUCGGGAAAUAUUGCUUCGGUUGACCAAACUUUGUGUUCAGGAGAGCACUGGACUUAAAAAUGAAGUGAAAGCCCGUAAACACGAGCAACGGUUGUUGAGGAAUAUGGGCGCACAUAUUGUUGUACUUGAAUUGUUAAGAAUACCCUACGACAAGAAGGAUGACAUUAAGAUGAAUGAAGUGAUGCGUUUGGCUCAUGAGUUUCUCCAACACUUCUGUCUAAGCAAUACUCCUAAUCAGACAAUACUGGAGAAGCAUUUAGAGCUCUUCAUGACUCCCAAUUUGGUUGACGCCCGCACUAUGUGUGCCAUAUAUCGCGACAAUUUUACUCUUUGCAAUGAAAUCAAUGAACGAGUUAUUCAACAUUUUGUUCAGUGUAUUGUCACUCACGGCCGACACGUCCAAUAUCUUAAAUUUUUGCAAACUAUUGUUAAAGCCGAGGGACAAGUGGUUAGAAAGUGUCAGAAUAUGGUUAUGCAAGAGUUGGUCAAUGCUGGCGAAGAUGUAUUAGUCUUUUAUAACGAUAAAACUAGUUUUAAUCAUUUGAUUGAAAUGAUGAGAAGUGAACGAAAUCGUUUGGAUGAGUCCGGCCAUCUUCAGUAUCACAUAAAUCUGGUUAAACUGUUGGCCUGUUGUACGGAAGGCAAGAAUGCCUUUACCGAAGUUAAAUGUCAUUCAUUGCUCUCAUUGGAUGACAUUAUUCUUGUUGUCGAACAUCCAGAUUGUAUCGCCGAAGUAAAGGAGGCGUACAUAAACUUUUUGACCCAUUGUUUCAUUGAUACCGAAAUGGAAAUGAAAGAGAUCUAUGCGUCGAACCAUAUUUGGACACUUCUGGAAAACUUUUUAGUCGAUAUGGCGACGGUAUGUAACGCCACACACGACCGAAAUCACGCCAACUUUGCACUCGAAACAUAUGUCACGCAUUCAAUCAUGAAUUUGGUCACAACUUUCUUUAAUUCGCCAUUUAGUGAUCAGAGUUCAAGUGUUCAGAAGCACUUAUCCACCAAAAAUAGUGCCGCAAAACCUCAAAGAAUAGAUUUAACUGAUACUCAUCAACCAGUGUUUGUACGCGUACUUCAAGGAGCUUUCCGACUGAGUACCAGCACUUGGCUAUCAUUACCGCAACGGAUGAACGUUGAGAUGUGCAUUAAGUCAUUGAUGGAAAUAUCGAAGACUCGAGGAAUUGCCAUUCCGACAGAACUGGAAACACAAGUGACACAAAUGUUUCAAAAACAGAAUUUAUUAUCUAAACACACGAGAGUCUGGUUGUCCGCUGCUCGCACCGGCACUUCUAGUAGAAAACCUCCGACACUGGACAUCAUUCAGACGACAUCACAGUCCAACUUUAGAAAUGAUCGUUCAAUAAUUGAAGGUUUUCAAGAUAUUGUAUCACUUUUGGAGGAACAAUUAAGACCAUUAGUUUUGGCAGAAUUGUCUGUGUUUGUUGAUGUCCUCUACAAACCAGAAAUGCUGUUCCCACCGAACACAGAAGCGCGGCGUAUGUGUGAAAACGGAGGAUUUAUUAGUCGACUUAUUAAACAUACCGAAAGAUUAAUGGAAGAAAAAGAGGAAAAACUUUGUGUUAAAGUAUUACAAACACUGAAAGAAAUGUUGGCAAUUGAUCCGGACUAUGAAGAAAGGGCUUUACUCGACCUUUUGUUAACCGAAAAGGAAAUCUUGAAUAGAGAACGGGGCGAAGCAUUGCGUAAAGUUUUGUUGGAUAGAUAUUUGUCGAGAAGUGAUAUAAACAAAAUGGCAAAUAAAGCGGACUCUAAUAAAAGUCUAACAAAAAUAACAAAAAUAGUAAAGUCGACGACACAGUACGGACCGGGAGCUAUACUAUUACCCAGAGCUCAGAUGACAUUAGCUGAAGUACAGUGCCAUUUGGACAAAGAGGGCUGUAGUAAUCUUGUCAUUGAAUUAAUUAUGAUAAAUCCGAGUCAUAACAUAUUUGUCGAGUGUGUCGAACUGGGUAUAGCCCUCCUUGAAGGCGGUAAUUCAACCAUUCAAAAGUCCAUUUACCAGAAGCUGACCACUGAGACAGCGGCUACUGAAAAAUUUUUCAAAGUUUUUUAUGAUAAGAUAAAGUUUGCUCAGCACGAGAUCAAGUCUACUAUUAAUGUCAGUUCAAGUGAUCAAAACAGAGUCAAUAGGGAUGACGACAACAGUAACGAUAAGAAUGAAAAUAACAAUCCUUAUGGAAGAAAGGAUACGCUGAGGAAUAGUCGUUCGCACAAUGGAUUUGUUAUGACCGAUGAGCUCAAACAGCAGCUCAUGGAUGCAGCAAAUGUCACUUCAAAAGCAUAUCAACACAUUAAUAGUUUGAGUUAUACUCCAUCCACUCCAUUGAUAAAUAAUUCGUCAUUUGGUGAUAGUUAUGAAAGAGAUUCGGUUAGUUCUGCUAAUGGUUUUGUUCCUCUUGAAGACGUUUACUUAGUUUAUGGCACCGAAAGGCGUGAGUCUAAAAGUAAAACAAAUGAAGCCCGUCUUCCCUCAGAAAUAACAGUUAUGCAACAAAUCUUAAGAUUUUUGCAACUGUUGUGCGAAAACCAUAACUCUGAGCUACAGAAUUAUUUAAGACAUCAAAACAGUAAAAAUAAUUUCAAUCUAAUAUCAGAAACACUUAUGUUUUUGGAUAGACUGUGUGGUUCAACAACUGGUGGAUUAGGUUUGUUAGGACUCUAUAUCAAUGAACAUAAUGUAACACUUGUUAACCAAACAUUGGAGACAUUAACCGAGUACUGUCAGGGCCCGUGUCAUGAAAAUCAAAAUUGUAUUGCAAUGCAUGAGUCCAAUGGCAUCGAUAUUAUAAUAGCACUGAUUCUUAACGAUAUAAACCCAUURGGAAAGAAACGAAUGGAUCUGGUCUUAGAGCUUAAGAAUAAUGCAUCGAAAUUAUUGUUAGCUAUUAUGGAAAGUAGAGCCGACUCUGAAAAUGCCGAAAGAAUUUUAUUUAAUAUGAUUCCCAAACAGUUGGUUGAAGUGACCUGUAAUGCCUUUCAUCAAAUUGAAGACAUCAGUGAUGAAAUCGAUAGCUUUUCGGAUAUCGAUGAUAAUGAUGAUGUGGUUAACCCUAAAGAAGUGGGUCAUAAUAUAUACAUUUUGUGCCAUCAAUUGGCGCAACACAACAAAGAUUUAGCGUCACUUCUCAAGAAUUCUGGUGACACUGACAUUGAAGUGAAUUUAAAAAUGAAAGAUUCGCUCAGUUAUUAUCAAUCACAUACCGCACAGAUUGAGAUCGUAAGACAUGACCGAACUAUGGAACAGAUAGUGUUUCCAGUGCCACAAAUUUGUGAAUUCUUGACCCGUGAGUCCAAAAUGAAAACAUAUCACUCGGCAGAAAGGGAUGAACAGGGAAGCAAAGUGUCCGACUUUUUUGAGCGAACAGACGAUCUUUUCAAUGAAAUGAAAUGGCAAAAGAAGUUGAGAGCUCAGCCACUGUUGUUUUGGGUGUCCCGACACAUGUCAAUGUGGAACUCUAUGUCAUUUAAUUUAGUCGUUUUAAUCAAUAUUAUUAUAGCUUUCUUCUAUCCUUUUCCCGCACAAACCGAAUUGGAUUCUCGAUUAUCAGCGAUAAUUUGGGUAAUUAUGUUGAUAUCUUUGUCGACUGUAUUAACAAUGUCUGGAAGGGUCGGUAUUCGUGUUUUGGGCGCAUCAUUCAUAUUACGAUUAAUAUACAGUAUAGGCAUUCGUCCGACACUUUUCUUGUUGGGCUUAACUAAUGUGAUCGUCACUACUGUCCAUUUGAUCUCAAUUAUGGGAAAUCACGGAACCUUUAAUAAAGAAAUUAAACAUAUUUUAAUAGACAAAGAAUUUCUUUAUCACAUCAGUUAUCUUAUCUUCUGUAUUGUUGGUCUUGUUGUUCAUCCAUUGAUUUAUAGUAUAUUACUUUUAAACGUUGUCUAUCAAGAAGAAACACUUAGAAAUGUAAUAAAAUCAGUGACAAGAAAUGGUCGAUCCAUUAUUUUAACAGCAAUUUUAGCAUUAGUUUUAGUUUAUUUAUUUUCAAUCGUCGGUUAUAUGUUUUUUAGUAACGACUUUCUUAUGGAAGUCGACUCUUCUUAUAUUUCCAAACAUAAAAAUAACGAAUUAUCAGAAUUGAAUUUAGAAGAAAAUAACUAUUGUUUUGAUAAUAAUUCAAGUAUUGGAUGCAAUAACACAACGAAUCAAACGGACGCCAAUCUAAAGAAUUCAAGUAUUUUACUCGAUUUGAUUAACAAAACCAAUGACUCAGAAAAUAUCGAAAUUACUGAAGAAUUAUACGAAGAAACGGUGAAAGAGAGAGUCUGUGAUUCACUGAUAAUGUGUAUCAUAACGACCCUAAAUCAGGGCAUCAGAAAUGGCGGCGGAAUCGGCGAUGUCUUGCGUUCUCCGAGUUCUAUGGAACCGCUGUUUGUCGCCCGAGUUAUCUACGAUUUGCUCUUCUUUUUCGUUGUCAUUAUUAUUGAUCUUAACUUAAUAUUUGGUGUAAUUAUUGAUACAUUUGCUGAUCUUAGAAGUGAAAAACAACACAAGGAUGAGAUUCUUAGGAAUACAUGUUUUAUUUGCGGAUUGGAAAGAUCUGCUUUCGACAACAAGAGUGUCUCAUUUGAAGAGCACAUCCGAUGCGAACAUAAUAUGUGGCAUUAUCUCUAUUUUAUAGUAUUAGUCAAAGUAAAAAAUCCGACUGAAUUUACGGGACCAGAGAGCUAUGUGGCCACUAUGAUCAAGCAACGUAACUUGGAUUGGUUUCCACGGAUGAGAGCCAUGUCUUUAGCAGCCAAUGAUAGCGAGUCCGAGCAAAAUGAGGUCCGAGUAUUGCAAUCUCAACUCGAAAACACUAAUAAAGUUAUCUCAAUAUUAAGCCAACAAUUGUAUGAACUUAAAGAUCAGAUGACUGAACAACGAAAACAACAGCAACGAAGAGGCCUAUUGAGCACUAGUGGCCCAAUACCUGUCACUUAAUUAUUUUUUAUAUCAUUUAUUUUAGAAUUAGUUUUUUUAAAUAUUUAUCAAAAUAGGGUUUUUAUUAUCUAAUUUAAUUACUUUUAAUCAUGCAAUUUGUUAUAACUAUUGCCAUAAUUUGACUUAAUAUUUGAUCAAAAAAAAUCAAAAAGAUCCUUAUAUUUUGUGCCUUAAAUUGGUUAUUGUAUUAUAUUUUAUUACCGGUAAUCGAGAGAUACUUUUAAUAUUUUUAUUGAUGAAUUUUGUUAUCAUUUUGACAUUUAUUUAUUUUUGUUUUAACGCCAAAUGGAUGUUUUAUAUUUGUUACUAUAUUUUAUUAGAUUUAUGAUUAUUUAUAUUUAAGCGCAAUUUUAUGUCAUUUUAACGUCAGAAUUAAGCAUUUAAUAGCACUUUAAAAUGACAAUUAACUGUUAAAUUAAGCAAUGAAUGGAUUAUUUUUAUGAUGAAAGUCC